AUGGCGCCCGGAGACAACACCUGCCCCAAGCACCCUCCUGCCCCUGCCCCCCUGUGCUCGGGGGGGGGAGCUCGGACAGGCACUACAGCGGCACCCGUCAGAGCUGCACCCGGCCUCCUUGCAGGUUUCCUCCUGCUCUUCCCAGGCCCUCGGACACAGGGGGCGGUUUCAACAGGCAUCAUGGGGGAGAAGGAAGAUAUGCCUUCUGUUAGUUAUGAAGGAAUCACAGCUGCUUUGGAAUGUAGCCCCGUCCUCUCCUGCGUGCGUCACCUGAUUCAGAAAAUAUUUGCCCGUUUGUGGAAGACGUACUUAUCGCUUGUCAGCAUCCUUUUUGAAUUGCAGUGCUCAGAACUGGCCACCGUAUGCCAGAGACUGAGAGGUGUGAAGGAAUCCCAUCAGAUUGCCAUUUUUAAGAUACUGGCCGCCAUCUUGCACCUGGGCAACUUGGACAUUCAACCAGAACGUGAUGGAGAGUCCUGCACAAUAUCGAAACAGGAUGAACACCUGCGUAAUUUUUGCAGAUUGCUGGGCGUGGAGCACAGCCAGAUGGAGCAUUGGCUGUGCCAUCGGAAGCUGGUCACCACUUCGGAGACCUACAUCAAGCCCAUGUCGGCCCAGCAGGUGGUGAACGCCAGGAACGCGCUGGCCAAGCACAUUUACGCCCAGCUGUUCAACUGGAUCGUGCAGCACGUCAACAAGGCCCUGUACACGCCAGUGAAGCAACACUCCUUCAUCGGGGUCCUGGAUAUUUACGGGUUUGAGACCUUUGAAGUCAACAGCUUUGAACAGUUCUGCAUCAACUAUGCCAAUGAAAAACUACAGCAGCAGUUCAAUUUGCAUGUGUUCAAACUGGAGCAAGAAGAGUACAUGAAGGAGCAAAUCCCUUGGACCCUCAUUGACUUUUAUGACAACCAGCCAUGCAUAGACCUCAUAGAAGCUAAGCUGGGUAUCUUUGACUUGCUGGAUGAAGAAUGCAAGGUUCCGAAGGGAACGGAUGAGAACUGGGCGCAGAAACUGUACGACCGGCAUGGCGGGAGCCAGCAUUUCCAAAAGCCUCGCAUGUCAAACACCUCCUUCAUUGUUGUCCAUUUUGCGGAUAAGGUGGAAUACCAGUGUGAUGGAUUCCUGGAGAAAAACAGAGACACCGUGUAUGAAGAACAGAUCAAUAUCCUGAAAGCCAGCAAGUAUCCAAUGGUUGCCGAUUUGUUUCACGACGGAAAAGAUGGGAAAACGGGGCCUCUGGCUGGGAAGAUGGCUUCUUCAAAAGUCAGCAUUCGUUCUGCCCGCCCGACUGUGAAAGCUGCCAACAAGGAGCAUAAGAAGACCGUGGGGCACCAGUUCCGUAAUUCCUUGCAUUUGCUCAUGGAAACCUUGAACGCCACUACUCCACAUUAUGUACGCUGCAUCAAGCCCAACGAUGAGAAACUUCCGUUUAGGCCCUGUGCUGGAAUUCACAGUGACUGUUCACGAAACAAGAACCUGCCUACUGAGGACAGAACCGCGAAGAGUUGCCGCUAA